ACACACCGGUCGAGCCAGGUCUCCUGCUGGGUCAGUCAUCUGCAGGUCGUCUGCUGAAGACAGCCGGACUGGUGACCCGGCUGAUCCGCACUGCAACAGCUCAGUUGUGCGAUAGGAAGCGACAGCGUGCUUCGAGCCGGGGGAUCUGACGCGCUCAUCCAGCUCGGCGCCUCACGAUGCGGCUGCUGCUGCUCUGCUGUGCGCUGGCGGCCGCGCGCGCCGAGCCGUCCGUGUGGACGUGGCGCUGCGAGUCGGGGAGCUGCGUGCGCCGCCCAGCCGCCGGCGUCACCGACGGCAUGCAGUUCGGCACGUGCAAGCUGACCUGCGGCGAGCUGUCGGUGGUAUGGCCGCGUCCCACCGGGCCGGCCGCGUUCGGCUCCGAGACGGUGCCGUUCCUCAUCGACAGCGUCCAGUUCCAGCUGGUGGCGCCCGACCCGGUGAAGCCGAUGCUGCAGACUGCCACUGAGAUAUUCCUGGACAGCCUGCGGGCGCUGCAGCCGUCGGGUCUGGGCGGGCGGCGGGCCGGCUGCCGGCCGGACGGCGCCUGUGAGCCGGCCGUAGCCGAGCAGGCCGUGAAGGUGACUGUGGCCGUGGAGUCGGCCGGCACCGCGCUGACGCUGGAGACCAGCGAGGACAGCCAGCUGGUCGUCAGCUACACCGCCGGCAGCGAGGUCAGCGUGGCCAUCAACGCCACCACGUUCUUCGGCGCGCGCCACGCCCUGGAGACCCUGUCGCAGCUCAUCGAGUACGACGACGAGAACGCCUGUCUGCAGAUCCUGAGCUCUGCGUCUCUCAGCGACGCGCCCGUGUACCCGAUCCGGGCGCUCACCAUCGACACAGCUCGCAGCUUCAUCCCUCUCUCUGCCCUGCGGCGCACCAUCGACGCCAUGGCCAUGAACAAGCUGAACACGCUCCACUGGCACGUGACGGACACGCACAGUUUCCCGAUCGAGGUGGCCAGCGAGCCGCGUCUGGUGCAGUACGGCGCCUACUCGCCGCGGAAGGUGUACACAGCCCGGGAGGUGGCCGAGCUGGUCCGGUACGGCCGGCAGCGCGGCGUCCGACUGCUGCCCGAGCUGGACGCGCCGGCCCACGUCGGCUACGGCUGGCAGUGGGGCGAGGACGCCGGACUCGGCAGGCUGGCCGUCUGCGUCGGAGAGGAGCCGUGGCAGUCGUACUGCGUGGAGCCGCCCUGCGGCCAGAUGAACAUCAUCAACGACAACAUGUACACCGUGCUGGAGAAGAUCUACAAGGACUUCAACACCCUCUUCCAGCCGGACAUAUUCCACAUGGGAGGCGAUGAGAUCAACAUCAACUGCUGGAAAACCUCUCCGGAGAUUGCUGAUUACGUCAGUGACCACGGCGGCGACCCGACCGACGACUCGGAGUACAUGGAGCUGUGGGCUCAGUACCAGCUCCGCGCCGCCGAUAUCUGGAGGAACGUGAGCGGGAGGGACACGCCGCUGCUGCUAUGGACCAGCGACCUGACCAGCCAGGAGGCCAGCGGAGCGUCCUCAGUACUGCCGCCGUUCCAGUAUAUCAUUCAGGUGUGGACGACCGGCAGCGACCAGCAGAUCGGCGACCUCCUCCAGCAGGGCUACCCGCUGGUCAUCUCCAACUACGACGCCUGGUACUUCGACUGCGGCUUCUCGGCCUGGGUCGGCGCCGGACAUAACUGGUGUGCGCCCUACAAGAGCUGGCAGACCGUGUACGACAACAGCCCGCGCGCCAUCGCCCGGAGUUUCGAGCCGUCGGGCGCCGACUACGUGUCUCUGGUGCGGGGCGGCUCGGCGGCGCUGUGGUCGGAGCAGUCGGACGCCCAGACGCUGGACAGCCGGCUGUGGCCGCGCGGUGCCGCGCUGGCCGAGCGGCUGUGGGCCGAGCCGGACACGGACUCGGCGGCGGCACUCACCCGGCUGGUGCACCACAGAGAGCGGAUGGUGCAGCGCGGCAUCGGCGCCGAACUGAUGCAGCCCGAGUACUGCCACAUGAACGACGGCAUCUGCGUACUGUAGGGGCCGUCAGGGUUGUCAGAACGGCAAUUCAAUUGACCGACUGGGGUAGUUCGAAUGUCAAUAAAAUUUUAUCGCUAGCUAGGGUAGUCAGGGUCCAUAAAACAGAUCGGAGUUGACUAGCUCGUCGACUACCGGGGCGUUUGUUGUCAAUAAAGCAAGGGUCAAGUCA